GAGUAAGCACGAUAACUCAACUGGCGGAAGUACCCUGUUACUCAUCGUCAGGUAUUUGAACACCUUUAUUUUGAUGACAUAUUACACAGUUAUUUGGACUCAGAUCGGAUAUACAUUGACGCCAUAACCAAGCACGAUGACCACCAGUCCUCCUCCAGGGAGCCUGCAGCUCAAGUGGGACCCCAAGAAUCUAGAAAUCCGCACAAAAUCGGUGGAGAAGACCCUGGAACCACUUGUCACCCAAGUGACAACAUUAGUGAACCAGAAUGGCCCCUCCAGUAAGAAGAAGGGAAGAUCCAAGAAGGCACAUGUCCUCAGUGCCACUGUUCAGAAAGCCACCGAACACUUCAUCGAGCGGGGAGAGGAGAUUGCCAGGGAGAACCCAGAGGUCCAUGCUGACAUGAUGGCAGCAAUAGAAGAAGUUAAAAACACAGGUGAAGCUAUGGGGGAGGCCUCACGUGAGUUUGCUGGAGACCCAUGUUCAUCCAUGAAGCGUGGGGCUAUGGUGAGAGCUGCUCGAGGUCUUCUGUCAGCCGUCACGCGCCUCCUCAUCCUGGCCGACAUGGUAGAUGUCCAUCUCCUCCUCAAGUCUCUCCACUCGGUGGAGGACGACCUUGACCGCAUCAAGAACGCCACUAGUCAGCAGGAGCUGAUGGAUAGUUUCAAGGAGUUCACCAAGAGCGUGAAUGAGCUGUCUGAGAAAGCUGCAAAGAGACAAGCUGACCUAAAAGAUCCCCGUCGACGUGACGACCUUGCAGCUGCAAGGGCUGUUCUGAAGAAAAACAGCAUGAUGCUGCUUACCACAUCCAAGGCUUAUGUCCGACAUCCAGAGCUGGCGGCAGCAAGAGCAAACCGGGACUAUGCCUACAAACAGCUGUGUGAUGCUGUGGGCACUAUAGCAGGGGUUGCCCAGGAGACAGGUCCGUCCAAGGCUCAUCCGUACGAAGGACCAGGGGAACUGGCAGCUGCUCUGGAUGAACUAGAUCAAAAGAUCAUCAUGGAUCCGCUGUCGUACAACGAGGUCCGAAGUCGUCCGUCCCUGGAGGAGAGGGUAGAGAGCAUAAUCAGUGGUGCGGCACUCAUGGCCGACUCCUCCUGUACCCGUGAUGAGCGGAGGGAGAGGAUUGUACAGGAGUGUAAUGCUGUCCGACAGGCACUACAGGAUCUCCUCACAGAGUACAUGAACAAUGCCGGUCAGAAGGAGCCCAGUGAAUCUCUGGACCAGGCCAUUGACAACAUGUGCCAGAAGACUCGUGAUCUACGCAGACAGCUACGCAAGGCGGUGGUGGACCAUGUGUCGGACACCUUCCUGGAGACCAACGUCCCUCUGCUUGUCCUCAUCGAGGCUGCCAAAGCUGGAGAUGAGAAGGGAGUGGAGGAAUAUGCACAAGUCUUCUCAGAACAUGCCAACAAACUAGUUGAGGUGGCGAACCUAGCCUGCUCGAUGUCCAACAACGAGGAAGGUGUGAAGAUGGUCAGAAUGGCUGCCUUUGAAAUAGAGGCUCUGUGUCCACAGGUGAUCAACGCAGCCCGAGUGUUGUCUGCCAGACCCAGGUCGAAGAUUGCCCAGGAGAACAUGGAAGUGUUCAAGGAUGCCUGGGAAAAACAAGUCCGUCUGCUGACCGAGGCUGUGGACGACAUCACCACCAUACAUGACUUCCUGGCUGUCUCAGAGAACCACAUCUUGGAGGAUGUGAACAAGUGUGUGAUCGCCCUGCAGGAGGCAGACGCAGAUACUCUAGACAGGACAGCUGGCGCUAUCCGAGGUCGGUCAGCCCGUGUCUGCAACGUGGUUGGCGCCGAGAUGGACAACUACGAGCCUGGACCAUACACAGAGAGAGUGAUGGAAGCCGUCAUCAUGCUCCGGGAUCAGAUCAUGCCCAACUUUGCGGAGAAAGUUGAGGUAGCGGUGGAUGCCCUGAGCUCUCACCCACAUCGGGAUAUGGAGGAGAAUGACUUCAUUGAGGCAAGCAGGCUUGUUUAUGAUGGCGUCCGGGAUAUCAGACAGGCUGUCCUCAUGAACAGGUCGGUUGCAGAAAUAGACUCUGACAGUGAAAUUGAAUAUGAAGAUGAACAAGAAGGGCUAUCGAGUGUGAUGGAGCAGGAGGCAAUUGACCAGAGUGACCGCGCCCUCAUGCGCAGUCUGCCGAAGGAGCAGAGGGAGUUGAUCCAGCAGGAGGUGGAGAUGUUCCGUGUGGAGAAGGACAAGCUGGACCGGGAGGUGGCCAAGUGGGACGACAGCGGCAAUGACAUCAUCGUCCUGGCCAAGAAAAUGUGUAUGAUUAUGAUGGAGAUGACAGACUUCACCAGAGGUCGUGGUCCCUUGAAGAGCACCAUGGAUGUGAUCAAUGCUGCCAAGAAGAUCUCCGAGGCUGGAUCCAGAUUAGACAAACUGUCACGAACAGUUGCAGACCAGUGCCCCGACUCUCAGUCAAAGAAGGACCUUGAGGCGUACAUGCAGAGAAUCGCCCUGUACUGUCAUCAACUCAACAUCACCAGCAAGGUGAAGGCUGACGUACAGAGUGUCAGUGGAGAGCUGAUUGUCUCAGGGCUGGACAGCGCGACCUCACUCAUCCAGGCUGCCAAGAAUCUGAUGAACGCUGUUGUGUUGACUGUCAAAGCGUGCUAUGUUGCUUCCACACGAAGUACCCCAAGAACAAUCAGAAUAUUGUUCUGUGGAAAAUGAAGGCACCAGCCAAGAAGCCUCUUGUCAGACGAGAAGAUCCCGAUGAACUACGCUCCAAAAUCCGCAAGAGUGCACGAAAGGAAAGAAUUGAACCAAUCAAAGCUCUCAGUGAAUUCCAGGAAAUUACUCUAGACAGUUUCUGUUAACCUGAAGACUAUAAGCAACUGUUUGCAUGGAAUGUGAUUUGAUCAUGGAAACAUGAACACUACAGACUGGGAUCAUUGUGAGAUAUCAGAUAAAUAGCUGGAGGAAAGUAGUUUCUCCUUUCAAGUUCUUGGACCAAGGUUACCAUGGUUACAGUACCAUCACACUCUUGAAAAUGGUGCAGUUAAACUGUGAGGACAGACUAACACAGACUAUUAUGGCCCUGAGGAAGAUGCUGAACUCCAUAUCAAAAUAUUUCUGUUAGAUGAUGUUUUCUUACUGCUGUAAACAAUCUGAUGUUUGUAGCGUUAAGUUGUCAUUACCUCUAAGGUGUAAGCUUCUAAUUGUAUAUCCACAUGUGAUUUAGCAAAACCUGUGUGAUCUCAGCUUCACCUGCAUGUCAGUGAUACAGCCACCAUUGCUCGAAGAUAAGAUGGUGGCUCAUUUUAUACCGCAAAAUAUUCAGAUGCAGAUAAUAUUUUUGAAGAUAUGUGUAAACAGGGUCAGACCUAACCACGAGUACGGCAGUGUAGAGGACUAGUUUCUCCCAGAUGAUCGCCUGAACUGACUACUGGACUAGUGGCAUCCAUGUCUUUGUUUAUGUGACAGAUCCCUUGGCACAAUCCACUUAGAUUUCAUGCUUUUGACACAAAACUGUACAGCAAAGUAAUGUUCAUCAAUAAUUAGGUUGGUUACCAUUGUUAAAUAUACUAUUAACAAUGUCAAAAUAAUAUUUAACAUUUAUUUAAUCCACUUAAUUAUUGGUUUGAGAACAUGUACAACAUAUACAAAAUUAUAAACACUGCAUGAAAGAAUUAACAAUGGCAGUAGGACUUUUAAAAUAUUUUUCAUGUUUUUGUUGAAAACAAAAGCCAUACACUUGUUGUUUUUUUCCUAUCCAAGCUCAUUGAUCCCUAUAAUACUAUGUCCCUUUGGAGCAUUUUAUUUGGUUGAUAAUAGAGUGAGCUUGGAUUGAUGCAGGACUUUCGAGAUAUAUUUUUAUUGACUGUAAUGUUGAUGCCCCCGAAACAUUUCCCUUUAUGAAGGCUUACAUAAGUUUUGGUUCGUGUCAACUUCAUUGUCAGGAUUAUUUGACGUUGGAGCAGGAUCGCAAACACCUUUGACACAAGUCAUGUGAUCGAGUCUCUGUAUUUCUUCCGCCUGUGUCCCGAUGCUGUAUAUAUGAAUGUGCUUGCUAUGGUGCUGAUCAUGUCAUAGAUCAUCUUCAUUGACUAUUUCCUUGUGAGACCGAUCCUUGUGAAAUAUAUUUACCGUGUAGAAUAGAACGGAAAUUCAUGAUGUAUAUAAUACUGUAGGGACAUAUGUAAAUGGCUGAUGUGUAUGUCAGAUCCAUGUCAGUAAUUGUGUUGUCUUUGUCAUCAGUUAGUUCAACAAGUCUUGUUAAGAUGCUUUAAACCUGUAUCCUGGGUUAUCUCCCUUCCAGACAGUUUGUUAGCCCAGUGGGUGGUGUGUUUGUUUCACUUAACACCUGGUUCUAUUCCCCAAAUGGCACAAGUGGACCUAUAUUCAUUCCUGAUGUUAUAGUAUUGUUUAAGAUAGGAUGGUAUACUAAGGGACAUGGUCCCCCAGUCAUCAUGUCAUAGCUACUCGCUGUGCAGUGUUCCGUCACUUAAGCUUAGCAACUUUAUAUCUUCGGUUUGAAUCCUUGUUCAACAUGAUUAUUUGACUAGGUUUGUCAGCAUCACAACAUUACUUCAGACUUACCUGUCACGUUAAGCUGUUAUGACUACAAUAUAGCCCUAAGCUGCAGGAGACCCUACUGAUAUAAAGACAAUGGGAACAGCCUUUAGGAGGUUUAUUAUCAUUUUCUUCAAGCAUAGUCGGCAAGAGUUGUAUGAGCAAUAGUUACUGAACUGUGAAGUGUGUUUUGUGUGUGCAUGGUAGAGAGAUGUGUACUUCAGCAGGAUGUGUAGAAUUGUCUGUUACCAUGGUUACGUUUCUGUUUUGUCUUGUCUUGUGUUGUUGUUAACACUGAUGUGUUCAAAAAAGAGAGGUGACUAUUUAGGUAAGACAGAUGAUUUCAUACAGAGUUUUGUUUUAAUCAAUAUAAUUGCAAAACCUGGCUUAGAAGGACAAAGUUGGUGUCGUUUAAAUCUGUGAGACUGCUUGUUUACAUACUUAUUUCAUAUUUGGUAUAUAUAAUUUGAAAAUUGAGAAGAAAUAUAAAUGACUUUUGAACUGUUGACAUGGUCCCCCAUCAAGGAUGCCAUAUGUAAUGAGGUUUGAGUAAUUUAUUGUAUUUAAGUGUUUUAUAUGGUUGUGUAGGCUGCAUGAUUGUCCAUCUGUAUACCCAGUAUACACAUUUACACUUUGACUUGACUCUAUACAAUAUGGUUGUGCCCAGUUAUAUUUACUAUGUUUUUUACCAUAUUUGCAAAUUUUCUAUUCUCAAGUUUUUCCAGUUAGUGAUUUUCUUAAACUUUGGUUUUGAUUGUAAAAAUGCUGCUUCAAAACAUUGAUUUCUAGAAUGUAAUGCAUUUUGAGUGGAAUGUUUGCAACACAGAUAAUUGUCUUGUAUUUUGCUCAUUUAGAUCAUCCUGUUCAUGAUCAUUGUCAUACAAUAUAUGUUACCUGAAAAUGUCUCUACAAGAUUUUGUAAGAACAGAAUCUCAUUGCCUUGUGAAUCUAAAACAUAUUACAGAAAGCUUACCUAAUAAUGACUAUUUAUUCAGAAUCUUUGUCAGUGUUCUUGGUAAACGUGAAGAACAUUUGUACUUAAACUUGAUAGAACACUUGAUUGCUGUGAAAUGUUUGUUUUACAUCUCGAUGUUAUAAUUUUUAUGUGAACAGGUAAUUUAAUGUCAUGAAUCAAGGCACUUGAAAGCGUUUCCUGAAUGUAAAUGUGACAUUGAAAUAACAAUGUUGACAUCAUCAUAGAAAUAUUUCUAAAUAAAACAUAAUAUAUUA